GCGGGAGCGAUGGAGGCGACGCUGGAGCAGCACCUGGAGGACACGAUGAAGAAUCCCUCAAUUGUUGGAGUCUUGUGCACAGACUCCCAGGGGCUAAAUCUGGGCUGUCGUGGAACACUGUCAGAUGAACAUGCCGGAGUCAUAUCUGUCCUGGCUCAACAAGCGGCUAAACUAACCACCGACCCCACUGAUAUCCCGGUCGUGUGUCUAGAGUCCGACAGUGGGAACAUCAUGAUCCAGAAGCAUGACGGCAUCACGGUGGCAGUGCACAAAAUGGCAUCUUAACUUCUCAAGCUCCCACGCAACCAAGCCCGGGGAUCCAGUCCGAGCUCCCUAUGUCGCUUGAGUCGAAUGAGCUGGUAAAAAUGUAAAAACAGCCCUUGCCCACGGGCCAUCCCAGAACCAAGUAUUUGUGGCUUCCUUAUUUACAGAAAGGCUGGCUGCUUUGGGAUUUCCGGGAGCAUCAUGCUGUACUAGACGUCAGGUGGGCGAGGGGCUUGGAGCAGUCAGAAAGACAAGCGCUUGUAUGCUUCGGAUGUUCAAUAAAUCUGAAUUAGAAAAAAAUAA